GCGGUUGUAUGCUGCACUAGAAAUAGGACAUUGUACAAGUAGAAAGUGACCUUAGAAUCCUGUUUGGACCAUUACUUAAUAAGUGGACUGAGCAUAUCUUUCUGAGAGUCACAGUCAUGAUGCACCGAGUACUGGUAACCCUUAUAAACAAGAAUUAUAAGCAACUUUAAUAAGAUCUCAAAUAAAUAUAAAAGAAUCAAUACUCAGUUACCACCUACACCUGCCUUUUUCCCUCUAAGAAAACGAUGUCCCCACUCGUAGCCCUCACAAGUUCCCCCCACCGCCAACAGCAGCCACCAGAAGUGUGAAGCACCACCAACCAUCAAUAAACAUCUAACCCCCACCAUCUCCCAGGAUCUCCCUUUCCGUCCAAAACCCCCAUAAAUAACCGAAAGUCCCCAUGUGAUGGAUACACUUGUUGUUUCUAUUAUGAGGCUCUGCCACUCUAAUUCUCAAGUUUCAUUCUUUCUUUCUUAUAGUAAUGGAGUAUUAUAUAUUGCUACUCCGUACCGUUACUAAUACCAACAUGAGGUUUCUGAAUUUGAUGCUACUAACAAUAUAACCAACAUGAGGUUUCUGAAUUUGAUGCUACUAACAUUAUAUAUUGUUAGUACUUUGUUGUCAGCUCUUUGGUAGUAGCUUUUAUUUUAAGUUUUCUUGAUAUUAGUAAAUUACAUAUCAAGAAUUCCGUACUCUGUGCACGUUUACUAGAACACAACAACAGAGUACUUUCUUUUUUCCCUCUCUCCCGGAGAUGCCAACGCCAGUUAGUACUGCUAGGCAAUGCUUGACGCAGGAAGCUUCCAUAACUCUGGACGAUGCUGUGGACAUGGCAGGCCGUCGUGGCCAUGCUCAAACUACUUCUCUUCAUUACGUGUCUUCCUUACUGUCUAUUCCUUCUUCAUGCUUACGUGAGGCAUGUUCUCGUACCCGGAACAAUGCAUACUCUGUUCGUGUCCAAUUCAAAGCUUUAGAGCUCUGCUUAGGGGUUUCAAUGGAUCGGUUGCCUUCAUCGCCCAGCAGGGUCGACUAUCCACCUGUUUCGAAUUCUCUCAUGGCUGCCAUAAAAAGAUCGCAAGCGAACCAGAGACGGCAGCCUGAGAAUUUCUAUAAUUAUCAACAACAGAUUCAGAAUCAGUCAGCUUCUUCUUCAGUCCCUGGAGUCAAGGUUGAGUUGCGGAAUCUCAUAAUUUCCGUCCUUGAUGACCCUGUUUUGAGCAGAGUAUUUGAGGAAGCUGGUUUCAGGAGUUGUGAUAUUAAGCUUGCUAUUCUUAGGCCUGUUCAUAAACUCUUCAGAUAUUCCAGAUUCAGAGGACCUCCCUUGUUUUUGUGUAAUUUAAGCAAUCAGACGGAUUUGUUUCGUCGCUCUUUUAGCUUUCCAUUCUUGGGCUUAUCCGAGGGAAAAGAUGAUUAUAGGAGAAUUGGGGAGGUUUUCGUCAACAACAGAGGAAAAAAUCCACUUAUUCUUGGUACUUGUGCACAGGGUGCUAUGAACAGUUUCUUGGAAAUGAUACAUAGGAAUAGAGGAGGAGGAAUUCUGCCUGUUGAGGUAUGUGGAUUGAGUGUGAUUUGUAUAGAGACUGACAUCACAAGGUUUGUUACAGGGGAAUGGGAUGAGGAAUUAGUGAAGUUGAAAUUUGAGGAGAUUGGAACUAUGGUGAUGCAUAGUUUAGGGCCUAGUCAUGUUGUCAAUUAUGGAGAUUUAGAAGUCUUAGCAAGAGAUGAUGCUUCUAUUGAUUCUUGCAGGCAUAUAGUUAACAAAUUGACAAAUUUGCUAGAGGUUUAUCGUGGGAAACUGUGGUUGAUUGGGUGGCUGGAGAGGUAUGAGAUAUAUUUGAAAGUUUUGAAUAGAUUUCCUUACAUAGAAAAAGAUUGGGACUUGCAGCUUUUGACAAUCACUUCUUCUGUAACUACAAAGGAAGAAACAUUUCCCAGAUCCAGCUUGAUGGAAUCUUUUGUUCCAUUGGGAGGAUUCUUUUCUGCCCCAGCUGCUGAUAUUGAAAGCUCGUUAGGCUGUUCAUACCACACUGCCUCCCGCUGUGACCUAUGCAAUGAGUAUUGCAAACAAGAAGUAAACUCACUCUCAAAGUGUGGAUUAGUUAGUAGUGUUUCAGUUGCAGAUCACUACCAAUCAAGCUUGCCUUCUUGGUUGCAAAUGACUGAACUCAAAUCUAAUGGAGGACUGGAGUCUAUGAAGGCCAAAGAUGAUAAAAUGGUAUUGGGUGCUAAAGUUGCUGGUUUGCAGAGAAAAUGGGACAAUCUUUGCCAGCGUUUACACUACAAUCAACCAUUACCCAAGACAAGCAAAUUUCGGAUGAGUUCUGGAAUCCCAUCGGUAGUGGGCUUUCAAUUUGAUAAGGACCAAAAAGAGAGCGUAAAUAACAAAAAAAUUGGCCACCAGAAUGCAUCUUCAGCAGAAACUGUAAGGAAGAAAAUGACUUCCACAAUUUCUUCAUCAAAUGAAAGCAGCAAUUUACUUUCCAAGUUUAGUGAAACGCCCUCACGAGGUGAUGAUGAGCAUGUCUUCAACUCUCCAGUCUCUGUAACUUCAAUGACAACAGAAUUAGGUUUGUGCACGGCAUCUACUUCUCCAAGCAAAGAACAAGAGCAGCUGAAAAACCACAGUCGCACCAAUCAAGCACAUGACAUAUUAUGCUAUAUAUCAGCAAGUGCUAAGGUUCGCUCGAGGAGUUUCAUUAACCCACUUCCUCUAUCACCACCAUCAAAAUCUCUUCAGAAGCAGUUGGAUCCAAAAGAUUUCAAAAUGCUAUAUGCGGCUCUUAUGGAAAAGGUAAAUUGGCAAGAGGAGGCUGUAAAAGCCAUUAGCCAAACAAUAGCUCAGUGCAGAAGUAGAAAUGAAAGAAACAAUUGGCCAAGUAGAGGAGAUAUAUGGCUCAGCUUUCUUGGACCUGAUAAGCUUGGUAAGAAGAAAAUUGCGAUUGCAUUGGCUGAGAUCCUAUUUGGAAGCACAAACAACUUAAUCUUUGUGGACCUAAGUCUACAGGAUGAAGCGGGGUUGUUUUCUCUCCAGGUAUUGAAUCAAUAUGACGUGAGAUUCAGAGGGAAGCAUGUUGUUGACUAUGUUGCCGAUAAACUGAGGAACAGCCCCUUGUCUGUUGUUUUCCUUGAAAAUGUGGAUAAAGCUGAUAUACUCGUUCAGAAAAGCUUGUCCCAGGCUGUUAAGACUGGUAGAUUUUCGGACUCUCAUGGCAAAGAAGUUAGCAUAGCUAAUGCAAUCUUUGUGACAACAUCAUCUAGAUUAGCUGAAGAAAGAACUCUUCCUUCUACCAAAGAAAUAGUUGAUUAUUCUGAAGAAAAUAUACUGACAGCUAAAGGAUGCCAAAUCCAGAUACUUAUAGCAUUUGAUCUUGCAGAUGAUAUCAAAGGUUCCAACUCAACUGCAUCGAUAACAAGUAGAAAAAGAUCCUCUAGCCAAAUCUUUGUGAAUAAUAGAAAGCUAACUACUCACCCAAUCGAAAGUGUAGAUCAGCCAUUUGGAAGCUCUGAGAUGUCCAGGCGAGCCCACAAGACAUCAAACUUAUGCCUAGAUUUGAAUCUUCCAGCAGAAGAGAUUAAAACUUCUGACAACUUUAUUGGAGAUUCUGGCUGUGACUUCUCCAAUGAAAACACGAUAACGUGGUUGAAACAAUUGUUUACACAAUUUGAUGAGACCGUGAUUUUCAGGCCAUUUGAUUUAGACUCUCUUGCUGAGAAACUCUUGAAGGAGAUCAGACUAUGCUUCCACAAAAUUGUCGGUCCAGAAUGUUUGCUAGAGAUUGACAGAAAAGUAUUGGAACAAAUUGUGGCAGCUGCGUUUUUGAGUGACAGCAAGAAAAUAGAAGAUUGGAUUCAACAUGUUCUUAGCAGGGGAUUUGUACAAGCUCAAGAAAGAUAUAGUUUAAGUGCUCGAUCUGUAGUGAAACUUAAGGCAUGCGAGAGCUAUUCCCAAGAAGCGGAUAUACCAGGAGUUCUCCUUCCUUGCAGAAUCAUAGUGAACUAAGAUCUAAGUUUCUCUACAAUAUGUAAUGGAAUAUAUAUUUUGUAGACAUUUUAUAACACCUAGUUAAUUAUGUUUGUGUUACUGGAUUUAACCCAUGGGUUUAUGCGGGGUCACGUCUGUAGAGGUUGAGGACAUAAAUUGUAAAAUUUCACCUUAGAUAACUGUCGGGUGAAUUAUUUAUGUGUUCAGGGCCGGCUUCAACGUGAA